UACGAGUGGAUAAACGAUAACAUCGCCAUAUUCUUUCCGAACGUACCAAAAUCACUGUUAGAUUUUAUUCCGGCCCUUUAUCACCCAGGAGAUUGCAAUCAGUUACCGCCAAUACCCGAAUGGUUGGACAUGGAUAAAUAUCGCAGAGGGCAGAGAUUUGUGUGUGAAAAUUUUGCGUCACUUUUCUUGGCCAAAAUACUGAGCUUUAUGCAAGUGUAUUCCUUCCACGAGUUUAUAAAACCGUUAAUCGUAUCAAAGGGCUCUCAAACGCCAUAUACAGCAUUCAAAAAAUAUACUUCGACCAUACAACGAUUCAUUAGUUGGUACGAUGGAGAGCCUUGGGUUGAAGGAACGCCAGCCUAUAAAGACAUGCAAUUUGCACGUAAAAUGCAUUUAAUGAUACAGUCAAAAUUGCGCGAACUCGAUCACGAGCAAAUCGACAACGAGUCCAAAAUCCCAGAGCUGUGGUGCCCGGAUCACAAGUUGUUUCUAAAGGAUUUCAACGCGGCGUGUCCACUUGAGAAAGAUGGACAACGUCCUUAUGUCAUCAUUAGCAAGUCGCCAUACAAACCGAAAGGUAUAAAUAACUUUGACCUGGCAGGAACACAGUGGAGUUUCAUAAAUUUAGUUUUGCUUUGCCCGCAAAAGAUCGGAAUACAUAACGCGACCGAUGAAGACAUCGAGGCCUUUUGCUAUAUGUGGAGAUGUUACGGAUAUUUUCUCGGGAUGGAGGAUAAGUACAAUUUUUGCCGCGGCAGUCUCGAGGAAAUAAAGCAGCGCACUCGGGACUUUUGUCAAUAUUGGAUAUUGCCUAAUUUUAAGGAAGUUACGCCCGAAUGGGAACAUAUGAUGAGAUGUUUGAUCGAAUCCCUGAAU